AUGUCAUCCAAGACUAGAUAUUAUUUGGAGCAAUGUAUUCCGGAGGUGAACGAUUUGGUUGAUCUAGGACUGUUCACCAAGAAGGAAGUGUCGCUAAUCAUGAAAAAGAGAACAGAUUUUGAACACCGAUUAAAUUCUAGAGGCUCAUCGAUUAACGAUUAUAUCAAAUAUAUCAAUUACGAGAACAGUGUGGAAAGCCUUCGCAAAAAACGUGUCAAAAGGGUACUGCAAAAUUCAAAAAAGAAUACCAUAUCAGACUGGUCAGUCCAGCAACGAAUUGCAUACAUUUAUCAAAGAGGUUGCAACAAGUUUCCAAAUGAACUGAAGUUUUGGGCGAUGUAUUUGAAAUAUCUGAAGACUAGGGGCAACCAAACGUCGUAUAAGAAAAUUCAAAAGGUAUAUAAUGAAUUGCUAAGGUUACAUCCGACCAACGUAGAAGUCUGGAUCAGUUGCGCCAAGUAUGAAUAUGAAGUACAUGCGAAUUUCAAAAGUUGUAGACUGCUGUUCCAGAAUGCUCUGAGAUUCAAUCCACAAGCCUUCAAGUUGUGGUAUGAGUACAUUAAAUUUGAAUUGAGUUUUAUCACAAAGUUGAUUAAUAGAAGAAAAGUCAUGGGACUGUUAAGUGAGAGGGAGCAAGAACUCGAUAUGCUCAAGCAAACCUCCACAGAAAGUAGCGAAGAAAAUGGAAGCAAGAACGAGGAUGCAACAGUUUAUAUACCAACAGCAGGUGAUGUCAUGAAAGAUAAACUGAAUCAGUUACCAGAAGCAGAUAUGAAUAUGCUUGGGAACGAUGAAACGAAUCCAGCUUUGCGGGGUGAUAUAGCUCUGACUAUAUUUGAUAUGUGCAUGAAGACACUUGGCGACUAUUACAUUAAUAAAUAUAAAGGAUAUUAUGAUAUCUCAGAUUCAGUAACACUUAAAGAACUAAAGUUGGAGACCACAUCCACGUUAUUUGAAAAAUCAAUGGAAUUGAUUUCACUAUUUGAUAACUUUAAAGAUUUGCAUAGAGAUUACCUGAUCAAUCAUGUGCUUGAAUAUUGGAAAAACGAACAUGAAAAUAUUCUGUUGAAGGAUGAUCUACCGGAACUUAACGAUGGAAUUAUUUUUUUGGAUAUUACUCUAAAUAUAAGAUAUAUGCAAGUUGAAUCUUUGGAUGUUGACCAACUACAACUUUCAGUGAAGAAAUAUUUUGCAUAUAAAUCUAAACUUGAUGAGAGUUCAAUUAAGAAAGUUAAGGAAAAAUACAGUGAAUUUAUACGAGAUCGUUUCAUUACAAAGAUGAGCUCAGAAAAUAAUGAAAGCUAUCAUCUUUUGGAAACAAUUACCAAAAAACUUUGA